AUGGCCGAGGAACAAGUUCGGUCAUUAGAUGGAUUCAGUAUAUUCGGCCUCAUCGUGGUUCUUCUAGCUAUGGUCCCGGUCUUGUAUCCCAUUCGGAUAGGACUGGGAGAGUCAUUUACUCGCGUAUUGAAGAAGCUGGCCAUACGGUGUCGAUUGAUUGAAGCCCCCUCAGACUCCUCAGAUUCUCAAGCUGCCACUGCAACCACAAAACCUCCCAACUCGCCCGAUCAAGCAAACUGGCAGCUCGUCUUGAACCUAACCACCUCACCCCCGAUCGCAGUACUGGUGCUGCUCGCGACGACGACGAUCAAUGGGGCUGUAAUCCGGAGCGGAAUCGUCGGCGAGGGCGAUAGCAAACCUUACGAUGUACUCGUCCUGUUUAUCUCUCUUGCGUAUAUCGCGACUGCAUUAGAUUCAACCGGCGCUUUGCGCAGUCUGGCAUUCCUGGUCUCCAACCACACCAGCGGCUCCGGGCCAAAGCUCUACUUUGUCUUAUACUGUUUCUUCUUUGUGUUUGGAGUGAUCUUUGGCAACGAUCCGAUCAUCCUCUCCGGCACUGCAUUUCUUACUUAUUUCUUGAAGCAUUGUGGGAUCACCAAUCCGACGGCUUGGAUCUUCAUGGAGUUUGUUGCUUCCAACGUCGCUAGUGCUGUCUUGGUAAGUAGUAACCCUACUAAUGUUCUACUCGCCCAAGCAUUUGACUUAAACUUUUUGACGGGCUUUACAAAAUUCACCAUCAUUCCUUCGCUAGUUUCGGCCAUUGUGGGAUACGUAUUGUUGUAUACUCUGUUCAAAUCGCUUACCAUCAGCGACACUCACAUCAGCUCAUCACCUCCUCCGGAAAAAGACCCGAAUUUCCAAAGCAGCGAAUCUUCAAAACGCGUCAAACGGAAUUUCGCCUCAUUCAGCGUGACCCGGAUUUUCCAGUUUCCGAAAACCUUGUACAACUCGAUUCCGCGAGCCAACUACAUCCCCGACAAAUUGAACCAACCGAUCGUGAAUCCACGCUCGGUGCUAGUUGACCCUCAAGGCGCAUUUUUCCAUGGGACGUUGAUGAUCACUACGUUACUGCUCUUGGUUGGGAUCACGUUCAUCAAGACGGCCUCGGUCUGGCAUGUGACUAUGCCUGCGGGGAUCUUGGCCCUCAUCCGGGACAUCAUGUGGGACAUACGCUCCCAAAACCGCAAAUCCAGCCUCACCGAAGAACACGAACUUGAAUCCGAUCUUGGUCCCGUUCCACCUGUACAAGACUCGUCAAAAAUUGACGAAAAUGUUGAUGGUGAUCAUGGUCUGUUGGGAAAGGACGUCGACCCGCCUAUGUCGAUCGCGGAGCCCAUCCGGCCUGCCCCUCUUCAUUUAGCGGGGAAUGCUAAGCGGUCAAUUGAUCAACUUACUCACCCAAAUGAUAUUGCAACUCUCUCCUCCGCUCCAACCAAACUUCCAACAGUACAGCCAGUCGGAAAGUGGAAUCUAGCUAGCUUCGCGUCCCGACUAGCCCGACGGUUUCCAUGCACCUCCAGAACAAUCGCGCAUUUACCGCUGCCUUUGUUGCCGUUCGCGAUGGCGAUGUUUAUCUUGAUCAGCUCGUUGAGUCAUUUGGGGUGGGUCACCGUGUUCGCGCGGUGGCUCGCGUCCGUGUGUACUUCUCCGGCUCGCGCGGUCUAUGUCGUCGGCUUGUUGGGUAGUAUGGUCUUGUGUCCUUUUAUGGGUACAAAUAUUGGAGCGACGAUAUUAAUGGUAAAUGUGAUUUCAGAUCGCCAGUUCCGAUUAAAUGAGCGGGUGGUAGAAGACCCGAGGAUCCUCAGAUCGGCCAUCUUCGCCACCGCCAUGUCCUCGAACAUCGGCGCGUUCAGUCUCACCAUUCCCUCCUCCUUGGCCGGCUUGUUGUGGCACCAAAUCCUCCAGCAAAAAUCCAUCUUGAUCCGCAAUCGCGACUUCCUUGGCUGGAACCUUUUGCCCGUUCUUGUCCUUAGUUUGGUCUCUUUGUCGAUCGUCUUUGUCGAAGUCAUGUUUAUUUUUUAA